CCAGGAUGCUCACUCGAGAAUCCUCACUCCGACACACCGCACUGCAUCUCAGUUGUUGUCAAGCACUUGAGGAGGGAGGAACAGGCAGAAGACACGGACGGCAGGUCGAACUAUAGCCCUGAGGGAGUUGAGUUUGGCAUCGCGUCCUAGAUUGCGCGACAAGAGUCAAAGUAAAAAGCCCGCGAAACAUCAACACCCCAAACAUGUCAGCCGUGGAUAUACUCGAGAUGGUGGCGAUGCUGGGGAUGGCGAUACUGGCUUUAAUUUCCUCUAUAUUCUACGGGCUCUAUAGCCUGCUGUACUCUAUGGUGCCUAAGAAGUUCAGGGUGAAGGAUAUCAAAGGCCAAGUGGUGCUGGUGACGGGCGGCGGGUCUGGCAUUGGACGCUUGCUGUGUUUGAAGCUCGCCAGGAAAGGAGCGCGCGUUGUCACUUGGGAUGUCAACAAAGCAGGUAAUGAGGAAACAAUGAGCCAGGUGACGGCAGCGGGGGGUCAGUGUUACAUCUACACUGUUGACCUCUGUGACCGCCACGCUGUGUACGCCGCCGCUGCAAAGGUCAAACAGGAAGUGGGGAAGGUGGACAUUCUCAUCAACAACGCCGGCAUUGUGACCGGGAAGAACUUCUUGGAGGCGCCUGACGAACUUGUCCAGAAGACCUUUGACGUUAAUAUUCUGAGCCACUUCUGGACGACGAAGGCUUUCCUGGGUGACAUGAUGGCAAGCAACAAGGGCCACGUGGUCACCAUCGCCUCCGUGGCUGGCCUGGCUGGCGUCAAUAAGCUAGCCGACUACUGUGCCUCUAAGUUCGCUGCUGUUGGAUUUGAUGAGAGCUUGCGUCUGGAGCUGAAGGUCGGAGGCUACACCGGCGUCAAGACCACUGCCAUCUGUCCAUACUACAUCAACACUGGCAUGUUUGAGGGAGUGAAGUCAAAACUGAUCCCAAUCCUGAGCCCGGAGUAUGUGUCGGACGAGAUCGUGGACGCCAUUCUCCUCGACUACUAUGAUCUGGUGCUGCCUCGCUUUUGCCGCUACCUGAUCCUCCUCAAGUACUUCCUACCCAACCGUCUCCUUAUGGUGUUUGGUGAGAUGUCGGGCAUAACCUGCUCCAUGAAUGACUUUGUGGGCCGGAAGAAAGACAAUUAGAAAAGCUUUAGUACCUGACUCCAGCCACAGCAUCCUGCCCUUUGAUGGAGCCUACAAGCUGUACAAGGCAUGCGGGGGCCACCUCACCAUGUCUGAGUUCCAAGGCAGAAGCAAGCCAGAAGAAAACCAAAUGGAGUAGAGGAUAAACUGCUGAAUAAGAAGAGUAUGGCUUGAAGUGUGUGUGUGUGUGUGUGUGUGUCAAGACUGUAACCUCACUUUUUACUAUGUGUGUGUGUGUGAGGGUAGAGUGCCUGUGUACAUGUGUGUGUGUUGUAUGUAUGUGUUUGACAAUUUGUGUGCUUCCAUGUGGAUAUUCGUUUGUCGUCAAGACCGGUGCAUGACUCGUGUGCUACAGACGUAAUUCCCUCUCUCAUGUGUUCCUGCGUGUGUCUGUGUGUGUGUGUGUGACUACCAAGCAAAGUCGUGUAGAGUCAUUCAAAUGCAUACAGGUGACUUCCAAACUGGUAUUUUAAGUCUCAAGAAACGAGGCUGUUUGACUUCACUGCUCUAAUGGCGACAGUAAGGAGUGUUUAGUGCUGCAGAGUGUGUUGUUAGGACCGCUACUAUCCAACGUAACAAUGAACACUUCUGUAGUAUUCAAGGCGUCUUCUGUAGCGCCACGGCAGGUUUUGAGUGUUCAGCUUGCCAUCUCACUCCUCGCUGGUGAUGCUCUGAUGGGUAAGACUUGUUGGAUUCAGAGCUGAGAUUGUGAGUUCAGUUCCCCGUGUGCUUCCGAGUGAUGCUCUCUUAACCCUAUCCUGCCACCACCUCCAUGCUGUGCCUCACCUAACUCCUCACUGGUGUCCUGCUGGCUUCAUGGUACAACACUGGACUUGUACCCAAAAACAUGAGAUUGCAAGUUUAGUCCUGUGGCUCAUUCAAAAGUCUGGUGCUGUCUUAACCCUAACCCGUCACUUCUCUCAUGUCUUUUUCACCUUAUACCCCAAAACAUGAAAGAUUGCAGGUUCAGUCUUAUGGUCUUAUGGUUCAUUUAAAAGUUCGGUGCUGUUUUAACUCUUAACCCGUCACUUCUAUCAUGUCUUUUUCACUUUAUAUCCAAAAACAUGAAAGAUUGCAAGUUCAGUCCUGUGGUUCAUUCAAAAGUCUGGUGCUGUUUUAACUCUUAACCCUAAACCAUCACUGCUACCAUGUUUUUUCACUGUAUAACCUCAGCUUUUAAUAUAAUACCUCCUCACUUACAACUAAUGCAAGUACAGCACACACAUGACUCAAUGAUAUAGUGCAAAUUUUAAACAUUUUUUGAGACUGAUGGCUAUUAUGAUUACUGUUAUAUAACCUUGCUUGUGCAGCCUAAUAUGUAUUACUUUUAAACUCCUUUUGUGGCUGAUGGCUGUUAUGAUCACUAUACUGCUAUAUAUGGGGAGGUGGUGGUGGUGGGAUCAGGCAGAUGUCCAUGCGUAGGUUCAAAUUCCACCAUGUACUGCUUUGAAGCUUUGCCAUUUCUGGAGUGGUUUAAAGUUAGCUACAUGUCAUCAGGAUACCCAGGUUCCAGGUAGUUACACCAAAGAUGCGCUUGGGUGGUGAUGUGGGCUGUGAUAUGGGUACCACUAUAAAUAAAAUUGCCUGCACCACUAAUGGGUGGAAGCUGAACACCGCUUCCCAUACAUACUCUUCAAGUAUGCCUACAGGCACUAUAGGCCAUAACAUAAAAAAUAACCUUGUCUGUGUAGCGUAAUCAUGUAGUACUUUUUAAACUCCUUUUGUGGCUGAUGGCUAUUACGAUUACUAUGCCGUCGUAACCUUGUCUAGCAUCACCUCUUUACCUACUAAUGCAGCUACACUCCCACAGCACAAUGAUAAGUUUUUAAUUUUUUUUUGACAUGUGUUUAUAUUCCCCUCAAGACCUUGCCACCUCAUAACCAACACUCCUGUAAGCCCACACACCUGCCUGACUCACUCCCGCCCCUCAGCCCUUCACAGCACUGGUGGUGUGGACUGUAGAGGCUGCAGGUCUCAGGUCAGUGUACUGGAUGUGAGUAGGAGUUUAGAGUUAGUGUUCCCUCCGGUGUGUUCUUGACGAUGUUGCGUUUUCUCUUUGUGACUCUUGUUCCGUCACUUUGUUUUGUUUUGAGUUGCAUUGCGUUUUCUUAUCUCUUUCUGGUGAUUUCAUUAAUUUUUUCUUCUUUUUUUUAUUGUAUAUGCAUUGAGUGUGUCAGAAUGCAUUUGCUUAAUUUCUUUCACUGCUGCUCACACUAACACAUCUUGUUACAGUGAAAAUUUCCGUAGAGCUAGAAUGAAGACAAAGAAUAGAUUAUAAUUGUACCUUCUUGUCUUGCUACUUAAGACUUAGUGUAGCAUAAUAACUAUGUGUACCUUGACUCCUUCACCACCACUCAGCCUGCCUUGCCUUGCCACUGUGACGGAAUUGUCUUGGCUGGAUAUUAAAUAGAAACAAAAGAUGAGAUUAGAAAUUACUGUAUAUUGUAUAUAUUGCACUGCUCCUUAACACACCUUGCCUUGCCACAGUAAAGGAAUUGUCUUGUCCAGAUAUAGAAACAAAGGCUGAGUUUAGUAAUUAUUUUACAUUGCGGUGAUACAAAAGAGGAGUCCAGCACAAUAACAACCACAUCUACUUCAUCUCAUCCACUGCUACUUAACACACCACACCUUGCCACAGUGGACGAGACACAUUACAUUACAUUCACUCGGUCAACAUUGCCACAAAAGACACAGUAAAUCCAGCAUAAUAUUUUUCAGGGUAGCUUUAACUCUCUCACUGUGCUAAACAUAUCUUGCUGUGUUGCAGUGGAGGAGUUCACGCGCUUCUUAGUCAGUACAGUUAGAGCUCUUAGUGUGUGUAAUGUCCAGCAAUUGCAUUCAUGACAUUACAGACUUAUAAUGGUGUAGGUCACUUGCCAAUUUUGUACUGUGUUUGUGUUAUUGCGUAGAUGAUAGGUUGAUGACUGUGUUGCCGUUAGCUUCUUGAGUUACUGUUAUUAGUUUUACUGGUGGUGUGUCAUGAUUACAGAGACAGUAUCAUGCUUGUGUUUCGAGUCUUACUGAACUACUGUGUUGCAGGAUUUACUUUUUAAUGUAAGAGGGGAAGACUGACCAAAGGGCAACAUAAAACAAGAAAAAAAGACCCACUUAGUUGCCAGUCCCUUGGUGUCACGAUUACAAAGACAGUGUUGCUUGUGUUUUGAGUUUUACCAAGUUAGUGUUGCAAGCGGUACUGUUGGUGUCUUGAUUGUGGAGACAGUGCGGUGACAAUUGUGUUUCAAGUAGCUUCGUACUGCAAGCCAUACUGAUGGUGUCACAAUAAGAAAGAACAAAGGAAAAUACAAAAAUAGGACCUGCAAGUAGUGAACAGUUAAGAAAAUCAUUUAACCCCUUCAGUAGUGGGAUGAAUUUUGACUGAGUUUUGGGUGUGACUAGACAAUUUUAUUUAUAUUAAUAAUGGUCUGUGGACUUCAGAAGAUUACUGGCCAGGGUCAUCACUAUUUUAAUCCCCCCAUAUGAAUUUCUGGCUGUAUAAAAUCACCAAAUAGCAAGCAGAAUGAAUAUGAAAACCCAUCAUUGUACUGAAGGAGUUAAAAAUAAAUGUUUUGGAUAGCUUCUUACUGAGUUACCACAGUACAAGGAGAAUUCAAAAGGCUUAAAAAUGUAACGUUACCUUAUACACUGUUCUUGCUGCCGGUACAAUAUAAUAACCAGAGGGACGUUAUGAAUUCUGAGCCUCUGUAUUGCAAGAUGUACCCAAGAUAUGUGGUGAUGACUGCCCCUGUCAUUGUGGUUAUUGAAGAUGCUGGUACCUGCUGUGUUUUAGGGAAAGAAUAGGUUUAGGAAAUGUAUCGCAGAAGAGUCCAAAUUUUUAUUGUUUGUGAGGUAAAGAAAUGAUUGUGUGUCUUUUAAGUUAUUAGAGCAAUGUCCUGGUGAUUAUAAAGUACUGAUGCUGUUGCUAUUUUUCUACUACUACUACAACUACUACUACUACAUGUUAUUCAUGCUUUUAUUACCAUAUUAUGAUUUUCUUAUCACUACUACUACUACUACUACUACUACUACUACUACUACUACUACUACAAUCACCUUUACUAUUACCACUACACACCUUUUCCCUCACCACCACCUCUUCUACUUAACUACAACUACUACUUCAACUACCACCACAACUACUACUACUAUUACUACCACCACCACCACCACAACUACUACUACCACCACCACCACAACUACAACAACAAUCCAGUGAGUCACCACCUUAUCUCCCUUCCAAGUGUGCUUUAAGGAUUGAAGGGCAUUCUACAGUCUACACUUACGACUAGUUACUUACAUUAGUAGUGGGUCUUGUCACUACUCAGACUCAGAGAAAGAUCAGAUUUACUUUAUUACUGUUUUAUCUUAUUUUGUCUAAUUUUUGCUAUUAUUUUACCUUCUAAGUGAGCUGUUACUACUUGGAAGGGUAUUAGUAGUGUGUGUGUAUGUGUGUGUGUGUGUUUGUUUGUUUGUAUAUAUUUAGUUUUGUAUGGGGCGUCCUUUGUGUGUGUGUGUGUGUGUGUGUGUGUGUGUGCGAUGAAUUCUUGCUAUUUUGAAAUAAAUGUUUGGAUA